AUGGAGACGCUGGCUGCAACAAUGGAAGGGGUCAACGAUCUCUUCUUCUGGCAAUGGCAAGCAGCGGUGGUUCCAGGGAUAACUGUGAUUGGCGAUGGAGGAGAAGCUUCAACCAGCAGGUCUGAAACCAAUGGUGGAGUCAUUGAUAAUGUGGAAAUUCUUCUAGGGACAAAGGACUUUGAAGAUCAGAUUUAUGAUGAAAUACGAGGACGAAUCAAGGAAGAUGAUACAUCUGCACCUACUCGCAGAGGGUCUUAUUAUUACUAUGAAAGGACUUCAGAGGGGAAGGAGUAUGUUCAGCACUGUAGGCGCCUUAUAUCCAGUGCUGAGGCCCCUCCUUCUGUGUAUGACACUAUGCCAACUGGACCUGAUGCUCCUCCAGAGCACAUUAUCUUAGAUGAGAAUAUAAAGGCUCAGGAACACAAAUACUACAGCAUUGGUGCUUUCAAAGUCAGUCCAAAUAAUAAGUUGGUAGCCUAUGCUGAAGAUACUAAAGGUGAUGAAAUCUACACUGUUUUUGUGAUUGAUGCUGAGACUCAAGCUCUUGUUGGGAAGCCUUUAGCAGGUCUGACAGCAGACCUUGAAUGGGCUGGUGAUGAGACACUAGUUUACGUCACAAUGGAUGAUAUCCUUAGGCCUGACAAGGUCUGGUCACACAAGUUAGGUUCUGACCAAUCAAGCGAUUGUUGCCUUUAUCAUGAAAUGGAUGAUACAUUCUCUCUUGGCCUUAAAGCUUCUGAGAGCAAGAAAUUUUUGUUUGUUGCAUCUGGAAGUAAAAAUACAGGUUUCGUCUUCUACCUGGACAUUUUUAAGCAAGAAGAUGGCCUCAAGGUUUUGACACCUCGUGUAGAUGGCAUUGACACAACAGUUAGCCAUCGUGGAAAUCAUUUUUUCAUCCAGAGGAGGAGUGAUGAGUUUUUUAAUUCAGAAUUACUUGCUUGUCCUUUGGAUAACAUAUCUGAAACAACAGUUUUGCUUCCGCACCGGGAAAGUGUGAAAAUACAGGACAUAAAACUUUUUAAAGAUCAUCUUGCUGUAUAUGAACGUGAAAGUGGUCUGCCAAAAGUCACGAUUUUCAGCCUUCCAGCUGAAGGGGAACCAAUUAGAAGCCUUCAUGGUGGCAAGACUAUUGACUUCAUUGAUCCUAUAUAUUCAGUGGAGCCUUCAGAAUCACAAUUUUCAUCCAGCAUUUUACGGUUUUCUUAUAGCUCAAUGAGGACUCCUCCAUCUGAGUAUGAUUAUGAUAUGAACACAGGAAUUUCUGUCCUCAAGAAGAUUGAGACGGUUUUAGGAGGUUUUGAUGCAUCAAAUUAUGUGACUGAGAGAAAGUUGGCCACCGCUCCGGAUGGUACUCAGGUUCCAAUAUCAAUUAUAUAUCGAAUGAAUCUUGUGAAGCUUGAUGGAUCUGAUCCAUUACUACUUUAUGGCUAUGGUUCAUAUGAGAUAUGCAUUGAUCCCAGUUUCAAGGCAUCAAGGCUAUCUUUGUUGGACCGGGGCUUUAUUUUUGCAAUAGCUCACAUUCGUGGAGGUGGUGAAAUGGGGAGGAAGUGGUAUGAAAACGGGAAACUGCUGAAGAAGAAAAACACUUUCACUGACUUUAUUGCCUGUGCAGAAUAUUUGAUAGAAAACAAGUACUGCUCAAAGGAAAAGUUAUGCAUUAACGGACGAAGUGCAGGAGGGUUGCUUAUUGGUGCUGUUCUCAACAUGCGGCCUGAUUUGUUCAAGGCAGCAGUGGCAGGAGUUCCAUUUGUUGACGUUUUGACUACAAUGCUUGAUCCAACCAUCCCUCUUACAACUUCAGAGUGGGAGGAAUGGGGUGAUCCUAGGAAGGAGGAAUACUAUUUCUAUAUGAAGUCUUAUUCUCCUGUUGAUAAUAUUAAGGCACAAAAAUAUCCAAAUAUUCUUGUCACAGCUGGGUUAAAUGAUCCCCGUGUUAUGUAUUCUGAACCUGCAAAAUUCGUGGCAAAGCUGAGGGAAAUGAAAACUGAUGAUAAUAUACUGUUAUUUAAAUGUGAACUUGGUGCUGGGCACUUCUCAAAAUCAGGGAGAUUUGAGAAGCUCCGGGAAGAUGCCUUCACUUAUGCGUUCAUUCUUAAGGUAUUGGAUAGGGUUCCUGCCCCAGGCAAUGGACAGGAUUGAUACACUUAUUUUUAAUAUUUUGGGGAUUAGUCAUGGCAGCCUCUAGCACUUAGCAGACCUCGCAACAUGGAUUGAGGGGCCUUGGUGGAUAAUCUUCCUGGUGCUUUAUUAAGGUCACAAGCAACACCGGGGAUUGGUCCCCAAUACCUUCUUGAAGGAGGUCAUUGCAUGUGCCAUGUCUGCCGGAACAAAAUUGGUCCAUAUUUUGCGUUGUAGUUUUCAUGUUUCAAUUUAAUGAAAUUAGAUCCUUUUGAGAUAAGGAAACAUUUUUCGAGCAAUGGAUUUUUUUGAAGUCUUUAUGGCUUGCUCAACAGUGGAAAAGACACAAUCUUGGAAGAAAUUAAGUUUGAAGUGUCCUCUAAUGCUAGACAUUGUAUCUUAAUUAUGAACAUAGCCAAUGCUUCAACA